AUGAAGAGAAAGAUAGAUUUGGUUGAAGAAGAACACGAGAGUGAACAUGAAGAAAGCGUAAGUUCCGGUGAUGAAAGCGAGGAUGAAGAACUAAGAAUAAAAGAAGAACCAAGAAUAAAAGAUGUUUUGAGUCAUCUUUCCCGAGCAGUGUCGGUAAAGCGUGCUUCUGAUUUGCUGCAUAGUAUGGCCGCCUCCAAAGAUAUUCUUUUCUGGACUCCCAGCGGACAAUUACUUCGAAAUAAACGCACUAUUCCCGUCACAAACAUCGCCGAGCUAGUUGAGUAUGUGUUACUCCCUCAUAACAAUGAGGUUACCAAGCCUCGUGCGCUGAAUACGUUUCUAGAUGGACUUGCAGAGUUAGGAAUCGAUAAAGGUUUAAUCAAGAACAAAAUAUUGUUAAGUGAUUUAAUAGAAAAGGAAAAAGGCUACCGAAAUAUAGAAAACACUUCCGAUAAUGAGAGUAAUAAUGAGGAGAGUUCAUCGGAUAUUGAAAAUCAGGAGGAGGAGGAGGAAGUGGCUUCUGAGAAUGGCGUUGAAACUGAAGGCACCCAAGAGAGCGACAACGACACUGAAAAUGAUAGUGAGGAAGCAGAAAGUAGUAGCCUUGAAACGUCCACCACCUUUCACUCUAAAAGUCCCUGUGGACAUUGCGAAAACUCUAAUGUGUACUCCACAUUGAUUAUGAAAUGUCCUAGAUGCUUUUGGCACGAUAACUACAAGAUUUGCCCUAUAUGCGAUCACCAGAUCCCCGAGGAGAGAAAAUACAUCAAAGAGGGCUUUCUUCGGUGUCACGAUUUUGGAUUAAUUACACACAAAAACGCCAAGACGUUGGAAACCAAUUUUUAUUCACCUUCUAAAGAGGAGAACGAAGAGGAGGUCUAA